AUGCAGCUGAAGCAAGGUUCCCUAUCUGUUGCGGACUACACCCACAAGUUUGAGGAGCUCUGUAGGUUUUCUAGGGUAUGUCAGGGAGCCCCGGAAGCUUACGAGAGCUGGAAGUGCAUUAAGUACCAGAGGGGUUUGAAGAAUAGCAUUAUGACUGCUGUGGCCUUUAUGGAGAUCCGUGUCUUCUCCGACUUGGUGAACAAAGCAAGGGUGGUUGAGGAGUAUGCCAAGACCGUAGCGGCAUCCAAGGACACCCACGGAGGAAAUACUAGCAAGGGACGUGGCAAGUAUUACCACCCGAGGGGUCAAAGCUUUAAGAGAGGAGGAUAUGCACAUCAAAGUCAAGGAGGUUUCAGGAAGAACACUCAUGAUCAAUUUCAGCGUGGCAAGAGAAGAGGAAGUCAGAGUGGGUGCUUCAACUAUGGACUGCCUGGUCAUAUUGUGAGGGAUUGCACUCGUGGGAAGAACCCGAAUGCGGGUCAGAGUCAGCACCAGGGGUGA